CAUUGGUGGGCGGGCCGGCCCUCCAGCACCCUCAGCAAGUGCACCAGUCGGGCGAGAAAUAGAUUCAGCGGUAUACAUCACCGCCAUUAGGAGCACUGUCAAUUCCAGGACAGCGGGACCCCGUGGCCGAGUCAGAAUUUCAAUUUUUAGCCCGUGAGCGUCAGUCUUUGGUGACAGAGGACAAAAAGUGGAGGUUGAGAGCCAGCAUGGCGGAGGCGCUGGUCGGGUCGGCGGCGCCAGUACCUCGCCAGGUCGCCUGUGGUCAGGUCGCGGUCCCCUCGCAGGUCACGCCGCCCUACGCCGAGUUCUUUACCUCGCUGCCCCAAAGCCACACACCCCCCGCGCCCUACGCCCACACCUAUCCCCACCAAGCCCAACAGCAGCAGCAGCAGCAGCAGCAGGCGGUGAGAGGGGAGCUGAGCAGCACGAGCCCCCCGCUGAGCGGCGGCACCUGCCUCACGCACCUGGGUCAGGUGGUGAGCCAGGUGGUGAGCGCCCCGCCGGUGCAGGUGGGGGACUACGGCCCGCCCUUCACCGGCGGAGUCGCGGGCCAGGCGGGCGGGGGCGCCGUGAGCACCAGCGGCUCCACCACCGCCAGCACCACCAUCACCAGCAGAACCAACGGCGUCAGCAGGCAGAACAGCAUGCAGCAGCAGCAGCAGACCUACUGUGAGGAGGAGGAGCUGCCCUCGUGUGCCUUCGCCCACCCGCACCUGCACGGCCUGCCCUUCCUCGUGCACGGUGAGGAGGGCGAGGAGGAGUACUACCCUACAGGUUCCCCUUACCGGGUGCAGCGCCACGCAGCCAACAUAAGGGAGAGGAAGAGGAUGCUCAGCAGUAUCAACUCAGCCUUCGAGGAGCUGAGGACCCACGUGCCAACCUUCCCCUACGAGAAGAGACUCAGCAAAAUAGACACUCUUCGUCUUGCCAUCGCUUACAUCGCCCUACUGAGAGAGCUGCUCAUCUCCGACCUCGACCCCGUCACUUACAUAGAGAAGGGCCUGCGGGGGGAGCUGCCGUCAGACCAGUGCCACAUUUGGAAUACUAGUGAUCUCACCGCAAGACUCUCCUGGAUCAACUGGGAAAACCUCGGUGUGAGUCCAAGCCGGCGGUCAAUCUUCUCCUCAAUCUCUAUAAGCAACGACGCUCUCAAUAACUGAUCUAUCUGACCGCCGCUGCCGCCACCACGGAGGACGCAGAGACGCAGGCACUACCAACGCCACUACAGCCCCUUUAAAGCGCUGUUAAAAGCCUCUGACGGUGUUGGGAAGAGGGCCUCGUGAUGGAGUGACAAAAAAUAUAAGGGAAGCUGCAAGACACGUGGCAGUUUCUACGGUUCAUCUAGACAAGAUGGAAAAGGUGUGCUGCAAGGGAAGAGAGUCACGUGAUGGUGUGUGACAGAAAAAAAAAAAAAACACUAGGAAAGCUACAAAACACGUGGCAGUUUCUAUUAUUCACCAAGAUAAGUUAGAGUAGAGAUGUGCUGCAUUAGGGAAGUCUCGUGAUGGAACGCAGCAGAACACAAAGGAAGCUACAAGAAGAUGUGUGCCAGUUCCGAUUGCAAGACAUACAUUCACCCAGAUGAGACAGGUUGAUGAAGAGUUGCAUGCCUGCGUUACAGAAGAGUAACAAAACAAGAGUUACAAAACACACCUAUAAUCACCUAGACGAAACAAGUUGGAGAGAUGCAGUUCACCCUACAAAAGACGAGUUAAGAGAUAAAAAGAUGCGAGUGGAGAGGAGAUAGAUGGAGGCUGUAAAGAGGAGGAGUGAAGAUCAGCAAGGCUAUUAUGAACACGAGAAGAGAUAUAGAAGAUAAAACACAGAUGGAUGAAGAGAUAACAAGCCUGAUUUUAGUGUUGUGCGUCAGAAUAAGUAAAGACCAGUGAGUCUAUAAGAACAAGGGAAAGAUGCAGAAAAUAAAGACGUACGAAUGAAGACAUAACAGACUUGAUUUUAGUGAAGAACGAGUCUAUAUGAACAAGGGGAAAGACACAGAAGAUAAAUACACAUGAAAGAAAAGAUGAUACUGUGUCUAAAUCAUAUACAUAAAGACACCCUAAUCAAAUCAUGGUUAUUGUGUUGUGGUUCUUCAGGAGGCCUUCAAGAGUGCCAGGAGAGUGUUGCAGUGUUGGCCAGUGUUACUCGUGCUCUGAAGGAGGUCUAGUCGUUACAGUAAGGUAGGUGUUCGUGUUAGUGAUGUGUUUUCGUGUGAUUGCCUUCAGUGUCAUGGCGAGGACAGUGUGAUCCUGAAAUCUGUGUGGUAUUGAGUGUUUAGAAGUAUGAGGUGACUUGGAGUUUGUGAAUGUAGUGAUUUGAGAGGUUGUAUAUACAUGAGGGUUUUAAUUAGUGGCAAAAACUUCAUGGUCUAAAACUUUCAUGGUCUAAAAAGUGAAAAAAAGAGGUUUUACAUGUUUUUUGGUGGUCUAAAGGGUGCCAAAAACUUAAGCAUUUGAGGUGGUAGUUUAAAGUGCCAAAUGGAAAAUAUUUGAAGAGAUGUUUGAUGGUUUAAAGAGUGCUAGAAACUGUGAAAUUUUGUUCUUGUUCUUAAGUUAUUUGAUGGUUUACAGAGUGGAAAAAACCUACGAAAUUUUUUAUCUUAUUUUACAGUUUGAAGAGUGCUAAAAACUGCAAAAUUUUAAGUUAUUUGAUAGUUUAAAUAGUCCCAGAAACGGAGAACAUUUUCAAAAUUAUGCGAUUAUUGAAAGAAGGCUUAAAACACCUACUUUUAUUUAUUCAUUUACUUUUUUUUUUUUUGAGGAGUAGGUAAAGUGAUGAUUUAGUGAGUGAAAAAAAAAAAAACAUUUAAAAUUUCCCGAGUUUCGUGAAGAUACCAUGAUUACUAAAAGAGGUGAAAAUUUUGAAGACUAAAUUACAAAAAAAAAAUAAAUAAAUAAAUCAAAAAUCAACGAAACUAGUAAAAAAAAAAGAAAGAAAAAAAAAAAGAAAAACUAUGAGAUA